AUGUCGUCGGCUGUCUCCGAGACGGACGAUUCGGCGGGCAUCUCCCCGCUCACGCCGCUCAAACUGGUCGGGCUGCUGUGCGUUUUCCUGGCAUUGUGCUUGGAUGUGGGUGCCGUGAUGAGUCCCGCGUGGGUGACGGCCGACGACCAGUAUUACCUGUCCCUGUGGGAGUCUUGCUGGAAGCCGACAAGCACCGACAAGUGGCAGUGCAACACCACGUUGAGCUCAGACUGGCAGGUUGCCACACUGGCGUUGUUGCUAGGGGGCGGAGCCCUGGUGCUGAUGUCAUUCCUGGUGGCUCUGGUGGCCGUGUGCAUCGGCACGAGGCGGCGGUUCUACAGGCCUGUUGCCUUCAUGCUUUUUGCCACAGUGGUCCUGCAGGCUUGCAGUUUGGUGCUCUACCCAGUCAAGUUCAUUGAAAGCAUAAACCUGAAGAUUUACCAUGAGUUCAACUGGGGCUAUGGCCUAGCCUGGGGAGGAACCAUCUUCUCUUUUGGCGGGGCUGUCCUCUACUGCCUCAACCCCAAAAACUAUGAUCAGUACUACUAG